AAAACAAGAAACAAGCUUGAAGCUCGUAAAAAAUUAUAAAUUAGAAAUAAGAAAGUAGAACGGCUGUGGAUUUACCGAUAAUUUGAAUGGAAUCGCAUAUUUUACAUUUACUAAUAUAAUAUUUUGUUCUAUGAUUUAUUUAACGUUGUUAAGACUAGCGAAACCAUUUAUGUAACAUAAAUUUAAUUUGAACAUUGUUUUGAGUGUGGGUCACACAGUGAAAGAUGAGUGAAGAAACCCAAUCUGAACUGCCAGCAGCAAAAAAGCAAAAACUAAAUGAUGGAGAAGCAUCAAGUAGCCAAGCCAGUGCUUCCAAUGUGUUGAAAGAGAAUCAAGAAAACGGAGAGGAUAUUAAGUUUGGUAGUGAAGAUAGCUAUGGUAACUUCGUGACUCCUGAAGAACUGGAGAGGCUGAGAGAGUUCAAGGUGUUGGACGAAGUCAAGUCUAAUGAUGAAGACACCAAUGAUGAAGAAUCAGAUAGCUCUGACGGUCUGCCUGAAGAAGAAAUCGAGAAAAUGCUGGAGGAAGACCUUCCAGAAGACUUCAAAGGCGCUCCCAAGCAGAAGGAAAAGGCGUACAUUACUAGACAAACUACUGUUCUAGAAGAGAAGGGUGUGAACCAUUUCGAGGUGCUCCCUCUGGACUGGAUCAUGGUGCGCCACAUCAGCGGGAUGCCCAUCUACAUGCACCGCGCCACGCGGGUGUGCACGCUCUCCAAACCUUACUUUCUCGGAUCAGGCAAUACUCGGCGGCAUGAUAUACCGAUUAGCGCAAUACCAUGCUUUGCUUACCGCAAGGCUCUUGAAGAAGAAGACAAACAAAAAGAGAUUGACAAAAGAAUUGCAGAACAAAUCCGUACCGGCACUUGGAUCAUCAACUCGCAAUCUUCGAAGGCAGAUUACAGCGAGAACAGCCAGGACAGCAGCACUGGCACGGCGGUUACUGGCGACGCUAUAGAGCUGCAAUGCGAUAUUGAAAUGAAGGAUGCCAAACUGUGUCCUGACUUCACCAGUGACGUAACGACCGAUGAAGUUAAAGAAACAGCUGUCGGUAAUGAACAAGAAAAUUGCAGUGUUGGAAAAGAUGAGCCGAUAGAAACCCUACCUGGAACAUCUACAGACGAAACACAAGCUAGUGAAAUGAAUAAUGCUGAGAAUGGAGGCAAUGCGGGAACUAGUAACGGGGAGCUGGACAUCCGGCCCAGCCGGCAGCCGGUGGUGUUGCCGGGCGGUAUCGUAAUGCCGCCGCCGCGGGUGGAGACGGUCAGCACCAGCUGGAAGACGCAGCAUCUCUCCGCUGAACAGAUUAACGAAUACUGCCGGCGGCUGUUCAAGUUCAAGACAGUUAACAUCAUGCACUUCAAACGUUGGGCAGAUCGCCGUAAGUACACUAAGGCGAGGAAGACAUUGCAGUACCCCACGCUACCUGAAGGUACUAAGCUGAUCACCAUUCCUGCACAACCUGCUAACACAGGAGAAGAGAAUGCGGGUGGCGGUAAGACUACCAAGCGUGAUUGGGUGAUGAACAUGAAUGGGCGCACCUACCUCUCCGUGUUCCACGAGUACGUCCGCCGAGCGCUGCAGAAACAACCCGUGUACGAGUUCAAACAGCUUGAGAAUGCAUCGACACCGUACCAGGCGACGGUAUUUAUCGGCGGCAUGCAGUACGGCGUGGGACACGGGUCUAGUAAGCGGCAGGCCAAGUCCGCGGCCGCGCGGAACUCCAUACAUAUCCUAAUUCCCGAGAUGAAGGACGAGCUCGACGAGCACGCUCCCAACAAUGCGCCUAAUGACGCCAACGAGCCGGACUUCACCUUCUUCGAUUACGUGGGUAUCGAGGACCCGCGCAUCACGGAAUUCUGCGCGGCCACGUGUGAGCCCUCCCCGCACGACAUACUGCGCACCUGUCUGCUCAGGAACUUCGGCGCCGGGGACCGACAUAUACACACGGAGAUGAAGAAACUGGAGUACCAGAAGAUGGAGCUGACGAUGAAGGUGGGCAAGCACACCGCCACCGUCAUCAGCAAGAACAAGAAGAUGGCCAAGCAGCGCGCCUCGCAGUCUAUUUUACAGGCGCUACACCCACACGUGCGCUCCUGGGGCUCACUACUCCGGCUGUACGGCUCCCGCUCCGUGAAGAGUUGCAAGGAGAAGAAAUUGGAGGAACAGCAGAUCACUCUGCUACAAGACAAAGCGCGUCACAACGAGCCCAACUACGCUGUCCUCGACAAACUGAGGAACGAAAUGCGCAAAUUGAGGGAGAGAGAUGAUGCCGUGGUGCCCAUCGGGACCUUGUUAGUCCAUGAGGACCUCCCAACGCACUCAGGGUCUAAUCUGAAUAACGUUGAUCUGUGAUAGAAAUGUUUUGAUUUU